UGGCUGAUGGCUGCUGCAGGGGGAUGGACAGAGGCAGGAGUAAGCUCGCAUCCGACUCCCAGCCGAGACACGGGUACCCUCAGCCUCAGCAGCAGUACAUCCAGCCCGGAGCUCUGCAGCAGCAGCAGCAGCAGCAGCCGGGGAAUGACAUCCAGGAGCUGGCCUCCAAACGCGUCGACAUCCAGAAGAAGCGCUUCUACCUGGAUGUGAAGCAGAGCGUGCGCGGCCGCUUCCUGAAGAUAGCCGAGGUGUGGAUCGGGAGAGGCCGCCACGACAACAUCCGGAAAAGCAAGCUGACGCUGUCCAUGUCCAUGGCCCCGGCUCUGCGCUACAGCCUGGGAGACUUCAUCGAUUACUACGCCCGGAUCGGACUGCGGGCGGGCCCGGGCCCGGCGCCCCACUCCGCCGAGGAGCAGAGCAGCAACGGGCAGGUGCGCGGCGGCGGCGGCCACGACGCUCGCAGGAAAGCGCGAGAGCAGCACGCGGCGACGUCUCCCGCCGGCUCCGUGGGCUCGGACGACCAUGCCCACCGCGUCCUGAAGAGCGAGUUCAUCGAGCGGGACAACAGGAAGUACUUCCUGGACCUGAAGGAGAACCAGAGAGGCCGCUUCCUCCGCAUACGGCAGACCGUCAGCAAAGGCCACGGCACCAUGGGCUACUACGGCCAGGGCAUCGAGCAGACCAUCGUGCUGCCCGCGCAGGGGCUCAUCGAGUUCAGAGACGCGCUGUCCCAGCUCAUCGAAGACUACGGCGACGACGACGCCGACGAUCACGGCCGGAGCGGCUCCCGGAGUCGGCUGGACAGCCCCGAGCUUCCGGAGGCGGCGUCCUUUCGCGUGGACAACAAGCGCUUUUACUUCGACGUGGGCUCGAACCGCUACGGCGUCUUCCUGAAAAUCAGCGAGGUGCGUCAGCCGUACAGGAACACCAUCACGGUGCCCCUAAAGGCCUGGGCCCGGUUCGGGGAGAACUUCAUCCGGUACGAGGAGGAGAUGCGGCGCAUCUUCGUGUGCCACAAAGAGAAGAGGACAGAGGCUCGACAGGACAGCCUGGAGCACGAGGACUGACCUGUCUGCACGUGGCACGGCUCCAACACACACACACACACACACACACACACACACACACACACACACACACAC